GAACUAGGGUUUCUGUUAUAUUAUACAUCGCUCUCUCGAUUCAAAUCUCUUUCGAAAUUCGAUUAAUUCAGAACCCAACACCUUCAAUCGUUGCUUUUGAUGAACACUACGUUAAAAUUAUUCGCAAUCCUGAUCAUAUGAGUUCGAAAUUGUCGGUGAUGCUGUGAUUUUCAUUAGAUUUGUGGGGCUUCAAUGGAAGAAGGCGCAGUGGCUACACCAGUCGUUUCUCCAACCAUUAAGCCCAUUAACAAGGGCGUAGUUCAUAGAAUUUGCGCUGGACAAGUGAUUCUCGACCUCUCGUCCGCCGUCAAGGAAUUGGUAGAGAACAGCUUGGACGCCGGUGCCACUAGCAUCGAGAUCGCCUUGAAAGAGUAUGGUGAAGAAUGUUUCCAGGUCAUCGAUAAUGGUUGUGGCAUUUCGCCUAAUAAUUUCAAGGUUCUUGCACUGAAGCAUCACACUUCUAAAUUAGCAGAAUUUCCCGAUCUUCAAUCAUUGACCACUUUUGGCUUCAGAGGGGAGGCACUGAGUUCUCUAUGUGCUUUAGGGGACUUGACAGUUGAAACGAGAACAAAAAAUGAAUCGGUUGCGACACACUUGACUUUUGACCAUUCUGGUCUCUUAUCAGCUGAAAGAAAAACAGCGCGUCAAAUCGGUACUACUGUCACUGUUAAGAAGUUGUUUUGCAAUUUGCCAGUGCGGAGCAAAGAAUUCCAUCGCAACAUUCGCAAAGAAUACGGAAAACUUAUAUCUUUAUUGAAUGUAAGUAAAACUUUGUUUUGCCAGGCCUAUGCUCUUAUUGCAAAAGGAGUUCGCUUUGUUUGCACCAAUACAACUGGGAAAAACAUGAAGUCUGUAGUACUCAAAACACAAGGAAGUGGUUCCCUUAAAGAUAACAUCAUUACAGUGUUUGGCAUGAGUACCUUUUCCUGCUUAGAACCUGUGAAUAUAUGUAUAUCAGACAAUUGCAAGGUCGAUGGUUAUCUUUCCAAGUCUGGAUAUGGAAGCGGACGCAAUUUGGGAGAUAGGCAGUUUUUUUUUGUAAAUGGUCGACCAGUGGAUAUGCCCAAAGUUGGCAAGCUUGUGAAUGAGUUAUACAAAAGUGCAAACUCCAGGCAAUAUCCAAUUGCAAUCAUGAAUUUUGUAAUUCCAACUGUAGCUUGUGAUGUCAAUGUAACUCCUGAUAAAAGAAAAGUAUUCUUUUCUGAUGAAGGCUCCAUUUUACACUCCUUAAGGGGAGCUUUAGAAAAUAUCUACUCACCAAGUCAUGUAAGUUAUUCUGUUAAUAAAGUUGAGGAGACCAGUAAGGAAGAAAAUAGGUCCAAGUUGUAUUCUGGUCAUGAGAGAUCACCAUUGAUGUCGAAACAGUUGUCUCCUGUCAGCAGUGAUCCGAAGGAAGACUCAUUCAGUGAUGGACAAUGUGGAGAUUGUGAGAUACUUCUCACAACAGCCAAAGAGCACGUUAGGGACCCUUUUGGUGCAAUGGCGACCAACAAUGAUGGAAGCUCAACUGGAGAAGAAUUCAGUCUUAGAGCCCAUGGCAGUAAGAAGAUGGUUGAUAGCUUUUUUAUGCGCCAGAGUGAGCAAGAUCAUCUCAAUAGUGCUACAACUGAUCAACAGUCUCCUUUCAAUUCCAAUGCAAUAGGGAAAGUUACUGAUGAAACUAUAGAUUCACGUAGUCACGUAAAUAUUGUUCAGUCAUCACUUACCAAAUUUGUAACCAUAAAUAAGAGACAACAUGAAAGCAGUAGUACAACUUUAUCUGAGUUGCCUCUCCUGAGAAAUAGAGCUAUUCCUUGUGAAUCAAGCAAAAACAAUUCCACAAUGCAUCCUGCAGGUUUGAGACAUCCAAUCAAUUGUCACAAACUUGAUGAUUCUUCUGAAGUUUGCAAGAAUGACCGUGAUGCUGAUGCUGAUGCUGAUGCUGAUGCUGAUGCUGAGGCUGAGGCUGAGGUUGAGCUUUCUAGUUGUUUUGGAGCAGAUGAAGUCUUUGGUGAAACAGACAUUCCAUUCCGUUCUGGAGGCAACAUAAACAAUGGAGAAUCUAGAGAGGCCUUAAAGAAUCAGAAGAAAGAUUUACUUCUUGCUGAUGUAUUAACUGCUCCAUCUAGUGAACAUUUCAAGAAUAUGUCAGAAGAUCGUUCAGAUGCAGCUCCUCCAUUACAAUCUUCUAUUUCACCUUCAGUUACUCCAAUGCCGCCUUCUUGUGGUGUAAAGAUAUGUUCUACCCUGCAAUUUAGUUUUAAGGACUUGAGGACAAGGAGGCAGCAGAGGCUGUCAAGAUUGCAGUCCAGCAAUUAUACAUGUCGAAAAAUGAAAAUUAAAAGUCACAGGUCCUUCACUGCUGCAACACUAGAGCUUUCUCAAAUGGUAAAUGAAGAAUUGAAAACUAAGGCUUUAGCUGCAGCUACAAAUGAGCUGGAAAGGCUAUUCAAAAAGGAAGACUUUAGUAGAAUGAAGGUAAUUGGGCAAUUCAAUCUUGGUUUUAUUAUUGGCAAGUUAGAUCAAGACUUGUUUAUCGUGGAUCAGCAUGCUGCAGAUGAGAAAUAUAAUUAUGAGCGUCUUUCUCAGUCAACCAUUUUUAGCCAACAGCCUCUGCUUCGACCAUUAAGGUUGGACUUAUCUCCUGAAGAAGAAAUAGUUGCUUCCAUGCACAUGAAUACCAUCAGGAAAAAUGGAUUUGCUUUGGAAGAGGAUUUGCAUGCUCCACCUGGCCAUCGUUUUAAACUGAAAGCCAUUCCCUUCAGUAAAAACAUAACUUUUGGAAUUGCUGAUGUCAAGGAGCUCAUUUCAAUUCUUGCUGAUAGCCAAGGGGAAUGCUUGAUGACCAGUAGCUACAAAAUGGACACUUCCGAGUCAGUUUGCCCGCCAAGAGUUCGUGCAAUGCUAGCUUCACGUGCCUGCAGAUCAUCUGUUAUGAUUGGAGAUCCACUUGGAAGAAAUGAGAUGCAGAAGAUCCUUGAAAAUCUGGCAGAUCUCAAGUCUCCUUGGAAUUGUCCACACGGCAGACCAACAAUGCGUCACUUGGUUGACUUAAUAACUGUCCAUAAAAGGUUAGAUGAAGAUGAUGUAUGACCUUUUGAUGGAUCUCGCCCUAGUGAAUCACUGUCUAGUGCCCACUAUCUUUAUAACUUAUUUGUAUGAUUUUUGUAAAUUCGUGUCAUUAUCUGCCACAAAAAAGAAAAAAGAAAAAAUAGCACCCGUGUAGUCACAUGAAUUGUGGGCUGGAACUCUCAGCUAUCUAUCCCUUGCAAGUUUAAACUCUUUCCUAGACCCCGGAAGGUGGAAAUUUUGAGAUCUCUCGCUCUCUAAUUGUGUGUUUGUGAGUUCGUGGACAUGCCCAGUUGGUAGACUGUGGACCUAACCUCACAACAGCUAUCUGUAUAGUAACACCAUUUUCUGGAUUAAUGAUUUUAUGAAGACGUGAUUGAUAGGCAUUCAAGUUUGAUUAUAAAGGUUUGGUGUCUUUAAUUUUUGUUUCA